UCUCCUGAAACGGCAUGACUGCAAUUUCAUCAGAUAACACAUUCUCAAAUAUAUAUAGUUCGCUUAUAUUAACCGUUACAUACCAAUUGCCUUCUAUUCGUCAAUCCAAUUGGGUUUCACCGAAAGCAACAAUUUACGAUCAUCUCCUUCGCAGUCUGCUCAAAGCUCCAGCUGACCAACUCGCGCUCAUCUUCAAUGAAAUGUACGGCUCGCGCUAUCUGACUGCCUUUAUUAUAUUAUCAUCUAUAUUUAAUAUUGAACCCAGCAAGCAAACUCGUUGCCAUACCAACACAUAAACGCACUGAUGAUCUUUAGACCCUUUCUCAAUGCCACCCGUGACCAUCGCGUAUCGCGUACUCAAAACCCCCAAAAAAUAAGCAAAAGAAGAGGCCACAUUCCAUUGCCACUCUUGAUCUAUCCCUGCCUAUUUGUAGAUGUAUGUAUAUUUACUCUAUGGCAAUAACGGAUCAUUGGCCAAUGCGGGCUAUGCGAGAAGAGAAAGGAAGUCGUGAAUGGGUUAUCUCCAAGGCGAACCUAAUGACGAUAGAGAGUAAGAGAGACUGUGACGGAAUGCGAUUUAAUGACAACGGGUCGCGACGAAGUGGGUAAACAGAAAGUCAUUCAUAAAAUCAGAGCUCCACUUCCAACCACAACUCACAGACUAACUCCAAGUUGGUAGCAGUAUUGCGAUCGGAAUCCUCUUCGUGUUCAGUUCAUACGGUAAAACAGUCAUCGUUUUAGCCAGCCUUUCGGCAAGUAAACACUGUCAAUGGCCACGGUGUUGCCCCGAUGUUGUCCACUUCUCAGCGGCUGCGCACUCUACAUCUGGCUGUAAUCGACAUCGGUGGUUACCGGUUGACGCAUUUUUGGCAAGCAAAAUCGAAACGAAUGGAACUCAAUUCUCACGUAAUCCGGUCUCAUCGCAUACACCGCAGCCUUUCAUCCGUUUUGCCCUUCUCGGCCAAUUUACACAUUUGCACACACGUUCGUCCCAGAAGAGAUAAAACGAAAUGGAAGGCGAAUAAUAAGUUAGAACAGCAUUUUCGUAGCAACAUCAGAAGCGGCAACAAGUCGGCAGUCAUACCGCAUACCAACCUACUAAAUGCCUUUCAUACACAGAUACAAUCCGCACUGGAGGCCGCAAAGCGCAAAAGCAAUCACAGAACCGGUUUUCAUUUUCGAUCUGACUUAUUUGAUUAACAAGAGUGAGAUCAUUUUGAAAGCUGAUUUUGUACGGAGAAUUCAACCCAUGCGCCGGUCGAUCGAUCUCUGGUGGUAGCAGAGAAAGAGAAAACGGAAGAAGUGUGAAUACAAGUGUG